AUGCUCAGCGUAGAACGUCAUCGAUCUGAAAAGUUCUGGGAAGAUAGAAGAGAUGAGAUGGAUCUUAGUCGGCUGAAGCUGAUGUCGUCAAUGGGUUCAUUGCCAAACGUCAGCGAAGAGAUUGAAAAGAAGACAGCUGAGAAAAUCAAACAUGCAGCAGAAAGCACGAGAGACUACGAGAAGUUUUUAAUAGAGAUGCAGCAGAGGGUGAUCGAGAGGCCCCUAAUCAUGGAACAGCAAUCAAUCAUUGCUCAAAAACAGAAAUUCACUCGAAAAUACGAGGAGAGAUUGGCGGCUGUUGGCAAGGGUUCGUCGAAAAGUCGAGCGAACGCUAAUGAACGUCGUGAUUCCGAUGUCUCUGGUGCAACCUAUUCAGUGAAAUCUAAGGAGCAGGCGGAUGUUGGUGGAAACGUUAGUUGCUCAGUUUUCUCGUAUUGUUAA